AUGUCGCCGCCGCCGCCGCCGCCUCAAGCAGCCACAGGAUCCACAGGGACCAGCGGAAAGGUGGUACAUGUAGGGCAUGUACCAGCGUGGAAGCCCAAGUUGGAAUUGGAGUCGAUGGACACGUCGCCUUUCUCGGAAUCCUUCUCCGCGAUGUUUGACGAUGGCGAUACGUUGGAAAUCGACACGUCCACUUGGGUGCCAGAGAAGAGUUUUAACAUCGAGCGAUACGCCGACCCAAAGGACCUGGACCCAUCCUGGAAAGACGACUCAGACAUCUCCGAGAUUCUGGUCAUCUCCCCGAAACCCACGAUACGCAGGAGAGCAUCGAAUCUGUCGACCGCGAACCCCAAGCUGCCUAUAAUACCAGAGUACGCGCCGGGUGUAAAUCAUGCGAAAUACCAAUCCUUUGAUGAGAGCAUUAAACUCGCCGACUUCGAAUUCCUGCCUACACCCUCCCCUACCCGACGCGCCAACAACCCAUUGCCCUCCUCCCUUUCACGCAUGUCCUCACGCGCGAAAUUGACCUCCCAUAUAUGCGCAUACAGGAGGCCCGGCGGCGUCCUGCAGUACAACGGGCUGUACACUGUGAAACGGCGCGCGCAUGCCCAUGCGCAAGUCAACUCUAGUUCCGCAUGGAGGGAGAUGGAUGUUAUGCAUAUCCUAUCGGGAUCCUGUCCGGGGGCGGGAAUGAGAGGUGACGUACCGUUCGUGGAGAAGAUGUAUGGGACGUUUAUUGAUAAUAAGAAUAUUUAUCUCGUUUUGGGUCAUCAUACGAGGGGUACCCUGGCGGACCUGGUGGAGACGCAUGGACCACUGAACGAGACUACGACAAAAGCCUACGCUUGCGAGCUGCUCUGCGCACUUGAGGCCAUUGCACAAUUGGGAGUUGUGCAUAAUGAUAUUUGCCCCGACAACAUCCGAAUCGACGCCUCGCGGCACCUCGUCCUCGUCAAUUUCGAAGCCGCGGACUUGCCUGGAGAGUCGUCGAUACAACCGGACUUGGAUUCAGAAUAUACGGGGACCGCGGAGAGGAACAGGGAGAGUGUGUAUAAGGCACCGGAGGUACUAUUAGGCUGGACGCGCGAUUCGGCGGUGGAUGUUUGGGGGUUUGGAAUGGUGCUCUAUUGGAUGGUCACUGGUCAACAUCCAUUUCUGGGAGGAGACGAGUGUGAGUCGUUGAGGGAAGCGGAACUGGAGGGCAAGAUCCUCCAUGGGCCACUCCUCCUCGACAAUAUUGAAGAGUCAUGCCAUGAGGCGAAGGGGCUUAUCGCCAAGUGUCUAGAGCGAAACCCAGCGAUUCGAAUAAGGACCGGGCAGCUGAAAGGCGAGGCGUAUUUCUCUCAUGCUGAUUGGGAGAGAAUUACGACUAGAAAGGUCCCGAUUCUAAGCUUCAACCAUAAACGGAAGCAAACGGGGGGUGCUACGUCCCGCCGUAAAGCGAGCAUAGAUGGCGACGUGAAGGUCGCUGCCUUCGAUACACCGCCCCUUGAGCCGGCCCCGCUCAUCAGCGAAGGCAACCGAAAAAGAGCAGCACCUGACAUGUUCACUAGUUUCUCCAAUCCCUCAUUCAGCGCCAAUGCGGCGCUGCCGAUAAUCAAAGCCGACGGAGAAGUCCCCGAGAGUCGUGUAGAAAAUGCCCAAGUGAAAGAAGAUGCAUCCUCUCCCCCGCCUCCGGGAGCCCUGGAUCCGACGGCAACCGCGGAGGAGUAUAUCGAGGAAGUGGAGAUUAGUCGGGAGCAUCCGCCUGAGAUGUACGGGAAGGAACUGACGCCUCAAGAACGUAUGGCGUUGUUCUGGGAGUCGCUUGAUUCUGAGGAGGUUAUGACGCAGAUGCAUCAAAGUACGACUGCUCUGGGCAUAAUUGGCGUUGGCGGUGGUGCGAAUGGAUCGCCACGACCUCGCAAGCUGCGGAAGAAGAGCAAAUCGAUGCGAACGUUGACCCAUCGGAUAUCGACCUUCUCCUUGACGGGGCAGACUCCCAAUAAGUUGCGGAAGAAGAAUGUGAGGAAGAUGGCGAGUGAGGCACAUCUUUUGGCCCAUGAGUCCGAGGCCAGGAUCAGCGGUGGGACUGAGGGCGAUGGAGAUAGAGACGAGGGUAUUGUCGUUGAGCCGAUGAAAAUACCGAACCUACCGCAAGGCGUAGAGCAGAUUGGACACGGUAUUGGGUUCACGUAUGGGCUAUCCAACGCUGCCAAGUCCAAGGCGUCGAUAUGCACGGACAAGUCGGCACCGGGAUGGAAGCGGCAUAUGAGGCUGCUGCCGGGUGGUAUUGGACGAGGGAUUCGGGGAGUGAGGCAUCGGCUUUCUAUGGGCAAGAUGAAUGGAAAUAGUGGGCAGCAGGCGAAGAUGCACGGGAAGGGAGAUGACUGCCGGCCUAGGGACGGGAUGGAGUAUGCUCGAGGAGGUGCCGUCGAUUACAAUCGAGGUCUGGGUAUCGGGAUGGAAUACGGCAAUAGCAACGCUGUUGGCGGAUGCUGCUACUCGUCUCCAGCUACCGACGACGAACCCCUCACGCCGGAUUCCCUUGUUUUUGGUUGUGGUACCGAGAGGGCGACAGAAGCGAAGAUCGAAGGGGAGUUUGGCGGAGAACGUGUUGGACCACGAAUGGCUACGCUGCGGUUAGUGCCUUCGACACCGCAAGAGGAUUGCGACGAUGAUUUGGAUAGAAUUCAAGGCUUGUAUUAG